AGGGUGUGGCGAGGAGAACGCUGCGUUCCAUUUGGGAACACAGAACGCUGUGAAGGACAAUCGCUAGUUGUGACGUCACUCUGAAGAUUUGCGCUGCUGCUUGGCGGAAGGGCGGCCGCGGCGGCACCGGGGUCGGUGUGUGUGUAUAGGCUCCGGACGGCGGGAUGUGCCGCUGGGAUUGUCAGUGAGAGGGCCUCAGGUUUCCCAGGCAGAAGUUGCUCUCCAUCAUUACUACUUGAUGCGAUGUCUGUUCCAACACAGCUUUUGUUUCCUCGCAUAAGGAACUGUGACCUUGGCAGGAUCUGUAGCUCUGUCUGUCACUGCCACCACAAUCCACUCUGCUGUCGGUCUCGUUUCCCACCUUUUAAGCCACCCCGAUGUAGACUAAACGGGAACUUUGCUUCAGCCUUUCACAGAGCCAAGGAGCAGUGUGUGCAGCUGAGGCAAUAUGUCACUACUCCACAAAGAUUUUACUUGACCCCUCCCCAGGUCAACAGUAUUUUGAAAGCCAAUGAAUACAGUUUUAAAGUUCCAGAAUUUGAUGGCAAAAAUAUCAGUUCAAUUCUUGGCUUUGACAGUAACCAGUUGCCAGCUAAUGCCCCAAUUGAAGAUCGGAGGAGUGCGGCUACUUGUUUGCAAACCAGAGGCAUGCUACUUGGCGUGUUUGAUGGUCAUGCUGGUUGUGCUUGUGCUCAGGCAGUUAGUGAAAGACUGUUCUAUUAUAUUGCUGUUUCGUUGCUACCUCAAGAGACUCUGCUUGAGAUAGAACAUGCUGUCGAAAAUGGACGGGCCUUGUUGCCCAUUUUGCAAUGGCACAAACAUCCAAACGAUUACUUUAGUAAGGAGGCAUCAAAGCUCUACUUCAACAGUUUACGGACCUACUGGCAGGAGCUGAUUGACCUAAACACGGGGGAGACCACCGAUGUUAAGGAGGCAUUGAUCAAUUCAUUUAAGAGACUUGAUAAUGAUUUGUCUUUGGAAGCCCAAGUUGGAGAUCCCAACUCUUUCUUGAACUACUGGGUCCUACGGGUCGCCUUCUCAGGAGCGACCGCAUGUGUGGCUCAUGUUGACGGUGUAGACUUGCAUAUAGCGAACACAGGAGAUAGUCGUGCUCUUCUUGGAGUCCAAGAAGAAGAUGGGUCUUGGUCUGCUGUGACCAUGUCACAUGAUCAUAAUGCCCAGAAUGAGUCUGAAGUACAACGCCUCAAGUCCGAGCAUCCGAAGUCUGAAGAGAAGAGUGUUGUGAAGCAAGACAGACUCCUCGGGCUGCUGAUGCCCUUCAGAGCUUUUGGGGAUGUGAAAUUCAAGUGGAGCAUUGACCUUCAGAAACGUGUUGUAGAGUCUGGCCCAGACCAGCUAAAUGACAAUGAAUACACCAAGUUCAUCCCUCCCAACUAUCAUACCCCUCCAUACUUAUCUGCUGAACCUGAAGUCAUAUACCACAAAUUACGACCUAAAGACAAGUUCCUCAUAUUGGCUACAGAUGGGCUUUGGGAGACCAUGCACAGGCAGGAUGUGGUGAGAAUUGUUGGUGAACAUCUGACUGGCGUUCACCACCAGCAGCCUAUAGCAGUAGGAGGAUAUAAAGUUACCCUGGGGCAGAUGCAUGGCCUCCUCAUGGAAAGGAGGGCAAGGAUCUCUUCCGUUUUUGAAGAUCAAAAUGCAGCUACCCAUCUCAUACGACAUGCCGUGGGCAACAAUGAGUUUGGCGCUGUUGACCACGAGCGACUAUCAAAAAUGCUUAGUCUUCCAGAAGAAUUAGCCCGGAUGUACAGAGAUGAUAUUACAAUUAUAGUAGUGCAGUUUAAUUCCCAUGUUGUUGGAGCAUAUCAAAAACAGUGAAUGUGCGGUCAUUUAAAUCCAGUUACCAAAGUUAUGUAGGUUUGGAUAUUUUUUCGGAGCAGCUUAUUUGCUUUGAGUGGCAUGAAGUGUGCUCCUUCUGUUUUGCGCUGUGCACUCUAGUUACCCCCUUCCCUCAGAAAGUAUUGCAUGGAUGGCAAUGGGGUAAUAGCCAAAAUUUAGAAAAAAAUUUCUAGAGCAGCAGUCUUAUGACCUUGAUUCACGGGUUUGCCAAGAGUUGCCUAUUCCUGCUUGCAGAGGAUAUUCUUGUGAGUGGGAAUGGUAAGCAGAAUAAAAAUUGAAGCUUCAACAGUCUAGAAGUCUCACCAACUUGGGCCUUCAUGGUCCUUGUUAUGUCUUGUUGGCGACCGCACUAGCUAGUGCGGUCGUCUUUGCAUUGUCAAAGGAUGGAUGAAGCCGUACAAUACACUAUCUAAUCUCCCAAAAGGCUUUUUCAUAUUUUUACUAUUGCCCUAUUUCAAAAUUGAUAGGAGAGGUAAAACUACACCUACACAGCUUUCUUAAAGUGGAUCCAUCACCUACUCAGAGUAGAGGCGACCUAUCUGUUCUCUGGAACUACCUGCUGGCUCUAGUUUCUAGUGAACUGAUGGGAUGUAUUUUCUCAGAAUUGCGCGUGUAGGUGAUUGAUGCUCUGUAAACACUAGAGUAAGACCUGUUCCAUUACAGUAUGGUAUGGGGUUGUAUUAAUUUCACGUCCAAAUACAGUCAAGGCAUAUUAAAACAAUAGCUGCUCUUAAAUGUACUAACAUUUGGCCUAGUUCUUAGGCAGAGUCCUUGGUUCACCUUGUAGGUUGGAUCUAGACUUGUGAGAAUGCUGCUUAUCCAAUAACUAGGCAACUGAGGCUCAAAAAGGAGAUAAUAUAAGGAUCCCAGCGCUUGGGAUGGCGGCAUCCCAACACCUGGUAGGAAGGUAGUCUAACCCUAACCCUCUCCCUUCCCGCAGCUUGACCCCGCAAUUUUAAAUUCUGCAGGCAAAAGUGCAUAAAAUCAGGGGCUUUGAAACCCCAUCAUUAUUUAGUAAUCAAACCCCAUUUUAGGUUUAAAAGUCUAGAAUUAUAUCCCUUACUUCCUUUAAGGGUAAUGGAUGCAGUAAGAUGGGUGUUGCAGCGUUAGACUUGAUUGCCACCUUCUUUUGUGACAAAGCAAAGAUGCAUGUUAUUGACAAAUGCUUUAACAUUAAGGAAUUCCUGUAAGACUAGAUGCAAUGGCACAACAAUUACUGUACAAUAACGGUGCGAAGGGAGCACCAGGCCUAGUUAUGAAGAAGACCACCAUACUCUAUUGCAGUGUUGCUUUGGUUAGAGACUGAUAACUGAUUGCAGAGUAUGUGUGAUUAGUGCACAUUAGCAUUUAUAUGUGGAUGGCGCUAUAUGACCAAAUGGUUUGCUGACAUAGUGUCGUUUAGGCCAUAAACAGGAACCCACUGUUUCCUUAUAAGAAAAACAUCUGUCUAAUACAGACCAUGUAUUCUGAGCCUCUUACAAAGAGGCCCCCAAAGCUUUGUCAGUUGUACAGAGAAUCUGACCGACUCUGCGAGUGAACAGAACAAGGGGGCAGAUGUAUUAACCUGGAGAAGGCAUAAGGAAGUGAUAAGUGCAAGGUGAUAAACGCACCAGCCAAUCCGCUCCUAAAUGUUAGUUUACAUAUUGGAGCUGAUUGGCUGGUGCGUUUAUCACUUCCUUAUGCCUUCUCCAGGUUUAUACAUCUGUACCAGUGUGUGUUACUAAGGCCCAGAUUUAUCAAGCCUUGGAGAGUGAUAAAUAGCAUGGUAAUAAACUACCCACCAAGCUCCUCCUGCCAUGUUACAGGUUGUGGGGCAGAUGUAUCAACCUGGAGAAGGCAUGAGGAAGUGAUAAAC